UGAUUGGGACAGCUCGUCUUAGACAGUUUAAUACCUGUUUUGCGUCACUAAUACAGUGGAUUGGGAUGGAGAAAAUGGAUGUUGCAACUAAGAACAAGUGCCAACUUCCUCAUCACAUAUUCGUACGGAAUUUUUAUAUUUUGGGUGGUUACAUCACAAGAAAUCCAUACUGGUUCGUUGCUUUACCAUUCUUCAUCACUCUUGUCUUAUCCACUGGAUUACAGAAGAUCAAGGAAAUUGUGGAUAUGGAGUAUUUCGUUACCAUGGAUGAUAGCGAUACGUUUCGCUAUAGGAAGAUACUUGACACGCUUUUUCCCAUGAAUCUAUCAUCCGAGUUCGAUCUUGGAAGAUACACUCGACUUGGAAGCUUUGGUGCAGUGAUGUUAGUAUCAAAGGAUGAUUCUGUAUUGAAGAAGAGUACAUUUCAUGAAAUCUUACUUCUGGAUGAAACUGUUAAAAACAUUACCAUUGUCAGUGAAUCCGGUGAGAAGAGGUAUAAAGAUUUAUGCGUUAAGCAUGGGAAUUCGUGCUACAUGCAUGACUUCUUUACCUUCGAAGACAGAGAUAACAGCACAGAUAAUAUAAAUAUACCAUACCCCAUAGAUUUUAGCAAUAAAUAUACCUUCAAAUUUUAUGGUAUUUCAUUCGGUGGUGUUGAAAUCGACAAUCGAGGAUUAAUUAAAACUGCCAAAGCUUUGAGAUUGUUCUAUUAUUUAGAUGACAGCAGGUAUAAAAAUGAUAUCACGCUAUGGGAAAAUGAAUUCCUCAGGACUAUGAAGUCGCUACGUCUUCCUCAUUUUGAUGUCUAUUACAUUGUGUCUACUUCUGUCGCGUACGAAAUGCAUUUAAUUCCGCUUACCGCAAUACCAUACUUUGUCGUUGCGGCACAUUUUGUGGUCUUGUUUACAGCUGUAACGUGUAUGGUACCAAAUUCUGUUCAAGGAAAACCAUGGGUUGGAAUUAUGACAUCGAUUUCCUCACUCUUAUCCUCCCUUUCUGGAUUUGGUCUGGCAUUUUAUCUUGGUAUCCCUUACAUAUUUUACAAUGCCAUUAUACCAUUUCUUAUACUAGGGGUGAGUAUGGACGACACUUUUGUUCUGUUAUCCGCAUGGCGACAUACAGAGAAGAAAAAUAGCAUAGAACAAAGAAUGUCAGAAGCUUAUUCCACAGCUUCACUUGCCAUUACCAUAACUUCUCUUACCAAUGUCAUUACCUUCACUAUCGGUUACUUAAUGUCACCAUAUGAUUCUGUUAGGGUUUUCUGUAUUGUCACUACUUUCUGCUUGGUGUUCGAUUACGUGUAUCAGAUAACAUUCGUAGGGGGUUGCAUGGUUUUGUGCGGAAUCGCCGAAGAAAAAGAUCGCCAUUGUUUUACUUUCAUGCCUGUAAAAUAUGUAGAAAAUACAGAAAUUAGAGGAAUCUUCCAGAAAUUACUGUAUUAUUCUGGGCAUAUUCAACUGACUACAACUUCAAAGACAUCAUUUCUACUGGAAAUUUGGAAGAAAUUGGGCGAAUUAUUAACGAAAAAGGUAUCUAAGCUCGUAGUUCUUGUGUUGUUUAUCGUUUAUUUCGUCUUCGGUUUGCAGAACGCCACUCAAAUUACCAACGAGUUAGAAAUGGGAAAUAUGGCCUUGUAUAAUACGCAUACCGAUAAGUACUUCACCCAAUAUCAUAAGUAUUUUGUGCAGUAUCUUGUUAGAGUGCAAGUGUUCAUUGACAGGCCCAUCAAUUAUGCUGAUCCUUACGUUAAUCGAACAUUGCACGACAUGUUUCAGAAAUUCGAAUCGUCCUCACUUUUCUGCAAUUCUUCUUUAACAGAAUCAUGGUUAAGAAGCUUUCACGAGUUUUUAAAUAAUGAAAAGUAUCGUGGCUUAUUACCUGACUACAAUAUCACCGACAAGAAGGACUUUAUACGUGUGUUACGUCUGUUCUUACAUCAUCCCCUUGCUAGGAGAUUUCAGAAGGAUAUCGUCUUCAACGAGAAUCGAACAGAAAUUAUAGCCAGUAGAUUUCUGUUUCACACUAACUACACGAAGAGCGAUUCCAUGUUUAAUAACAUGUGGUGGGAUUUCUUGGAUAAUGUCAAAAAUGAAUCAAUUCCCGUGAAAGUCUUUCACAGAUUCGGAUACUUUUCUGAUGGUUUCAGGAAGGUUAUACCCGCUACAUUGCAGACUAUAGGCAUUUCAGCAGGCAUUGUUGCAUUCGUGUGUUUCUUCUUCUUCUUCUCUUUCUCUUGCACUUUAUGCGUUGCAAUAUGUAUAGUAUCUGUAGCAAUUGGUGUGCUAGGAUACAUGAGACUAUGGGGAGUGAGCUUGAAUAUCGUUUCCAUGACGGUUAUCAUAACUAUUUCAGGAUUUUCUGUAGAUUAUGCAUCUCACGUGUCCUGUGCUUAUCUGUUUGCCUCUAAAUCAUCGAAGCAACGCUUAGUAUCUGCCAUUAUGGAUGUUGGCCUACCGAUCUUUCAAGCUGGUUCUACCACUAUUUUAUGUAUUAUUCCAUUUAUUAUCCCCCCUUGUUACACGUAUAACGUGAUUAUGAAAGUGGUUAUUUUGGUAUCCAUUUUUGCCAUGACUCACGCUGUGAUAUUUUUGCCAGUGUUCCUUUCUCUCGUGGACGAUGCAUGUUCACAUUUUAAAAAUCUAUUCAAAAGAAGGCAGAAGGUUAACAUUUCCAAUAAAUCAGAUAAUGGCCACGUAAACUGUGCAUUCGAUGCUAAAGAUGUAAACAUUUUCUCUUACAAAAACGAUACAAUGAAACUUUGAUCAUGAAAUCUUCAAUAUCAUUACAGUCGACCCCCCCUAUAAGAUAUAGAUACGUUCCAAUUUAUUAGGAAUCCGAUUUCUUACAAGUCGUUCCAAUCACAGCCCGACACGUGUCAA